AUCUGUACCUCGAGGAGACGACUUCAGGUCAUGACACAUCUCCUGUUGCUUUUGUUCAAAAUGAAAUCCACCGCCUGUCCGCCCUUCAUACUGCGCACCAUGCACGAAGCUUAAAUACCCACGCCCGCCUCCACGCGCCUCCACUUCUGUCGGUCCUACUACAACUACCGUGAUAGGCCGCGUGGACUUGGUUGUGUUGCUAGGUCCUAUUCAUUGCUGACUUCGUAGAAUCGAGUCAAGCUAUGCUUUUAUAUGAAGACUUUGAUCAUUCCACUGCUUUGCCAUCGACCGUUCUUCAACUCUCUUUCGCUUUGACGCUUCUUAGACAAACAUGACAUCCACCAUGAAAGCAGCACAGUUCUUCGGUCAGCGGGACAUUCGCGUCGUCGAAAUAGCAAAGCCUCAACCAAAAGAUCACGAAGCGCUCGUUGCCAUCGAGUGGUGCGGCAUCUGCGGUAGUGAUCUGCACGAAUACCUUCACGGGCCCCUCACCAUUCCGACCAAGGAACGCCCACACGCCAUCACAGGAGAGCACAUCCCCAUCACCAUGGGCCAUGAAUUUUGCGGGCGCGUCAUCAGCGCCCCCUCCGGUUCAAGCCUGACCUCGGGCCAGGCAGUCAUGGUCGACCCGCGCAUCUACUGCAGCAAGUGCUCUCGAUGUAAUACUGGCGGUACCCAAGGAUGCACUACAGGAGGCUUCAAAGGCCUCUCAGGGACCGGCGGCGGCUUCUCAGAAACCGUUGCGAUCGAUGCGAAGCUAUGCUAUCCGCUCCCUGACUCUGUAGACUUGAGUCUGGCUGCACUAAUCGAGCCCCUGGCUGUGGCAUGGCACGCAAUUUCGUUAUGUGGGGUACCGGACUGGACGAACAAAUCCGCCCUGAUCCUAGGAGGCGGGCCCGUGGGCAUCGCACACAUCUUCGUCCUUCGGUCCCUUGGGUGCAAGCAGAUCUACGUUUCAGAACCGACGGACUCACGUGCUGCUCAAAACAAAACGGUUGCAGAUGCAGUGUUCAAUCCAAUCAAGGACGAUGUUGGCGAUAAGUGUCGUGACCUCACUAGAGGCGAGGGUGUCGAUACUGUUUUCGAUUGCGCGGGCAUUCAAAAUGGCAUGGGCGCAGGUAUGGAUGCACUGCGAUUCCAGGGAACAUAUAUGAACGUAGCUCUAUGGCCGACGCCGAUGGUCAUGCCAUUUUACCCACUCAUGUCAAAAGAGAUUACGACAAAGUGCAGUCUAGCCUAUAACGACAAAGACUUCAAUGAUACAACUGAUGCCUUUGUUGCAGGCAAAUUCAAGGGAAUUGAGCUCAUGGUAACUAGUCGCAUUCACAUCGAUGACAUAUCGAAGAAAGGCUUCGAUGAAUUGGUAACGAACAAGGAUCAGCAUAUCAAGAUCCUAGUGACUCCUGAUAAGUCGAUGGUUUAAUUUGUACAAGACUCUAGGAGGCAUAUCUUACACACUCCUAUGUGUUUCAAACCCGUCUUGGAACCGCUGUAAGCAGGCAAUGAGAAGUGCAGCCUGGGUCGGGCGUUCUUUCAGUCAAGCUAGCUAAUGAUAGCUCGAAGAGGUAGUAGUACUUAUAAGUGCAUCAACAGAAGUGGCUUCUGGCACCUGCCUCUUGUAUGACACAGCUCAGCUAACUUUCCGUCAUCUCGGAGGGGC